CAGGCGCCUCAGACAGGGUUCCGAAUUCGGCACCCGAGGAAACUUGAUAAGGGGUCAGCGAGGGGGAGGGAACGGGGGCCGGGCUCCCCUGGCCGAGCUGACGCGGCUUCUUCGGAGCGCUCUGUGCGAGGCCGGUGGCUGCCGCGGCCACCGAUCGACUCUGCGCUGCCCCGCCGUAGCGGACCACAGCUGAAAGCGUCCCGACGCCUUUCCGGGUAGCGCCCUGCCCGCCGGCACCGCCCGCUAUUGAGGCUCUCGGAUUGGAUCCAUGCCAAGCAUCCUUCUCUGUUAAAAAGGUGAAUGUUCAGUAAGUGAUAUAUUCUUGCAUAUCUCUUAAGUGUGAGCUGCUCUCCAUAAAAAUGAUCUACAUAACAGUAACAAGCAUCAUAGGAUGUUUUUCUUCUUUUUGAGUUACUGAAUCAGGAAAUGGAUUGGGAGCAGUUUGACUUGAACCCCAAAGUAAUUGCUGCCCUUAAAAAAGCUGACAUAAAAUCAGUGAAAGAGAUUUUAACUCUUUCUGAAGCAGACUUGCAAAGACUGAUGAAACUAUCCAAUGCAGAUAUACAGUAUUUAUUGAAAACAAUCUCUCGCACGCUGAGGAAAAAUAGUAUGCUUACAGCGCUUCAGCUCUACCAAGAUAAACAUCAUCUCACUUCACAACACCAGAAACUAAGCCUGGGAUGUUCAGCCUUAGAUAACUUGUUAAAAGGUGGUAUUCCUUUAGUGGGAAUCACAGAACUUGCCGGCGAAAGUUCUGCUGGGAAGACUCAGAUUAGUUUGCAGCUGUGCCUUUGUGUGCAGUAUCCGUACAAAUAUGGUGGAUUAGAAUCUGGAGCAGUCUAUAUUUGUACAGAAGACGUAUUCCCAAGUAAACGUUUGCAGCAACUCAUAGAUCAACAGCCUAAGCUGCGUGCAGAUGUUCCAGCUGAAAUCAUUCAGAAAAUCAAAUUUGGAAACAGCAUUUUCAUUGAGCAUGCAGCAGACCUAGACACCUUCCACAACUGCAUUACUAAAAGGAUUUCUUUACUGCUCACAAGAGGCAUGGUGCGGCUGGUGGUCAUAGACUCUAUUGCAGCUUUGUUUCGAUGCGAAUUUGGAGUUUCAGACUCUGUUACGAAAGCUCGGUAUUUGCAGAUGUUUGGAGCACAGCUACACAGCUUAAGCACUAGAUUCAGGACUCCAAUAAUGUGCAUUAACCAGGUGACUGAUGCAGUGAGUGAAUCAGAAGCUGCUCAGUGCAAUUGUAGUGCAGUGGAUAACAGAGUUUCUCCAGCACUUGGAAUAACCUGGGCAAAUCAACUGCUAAUGAGAUUGAUGGUCAGUCGAGUAUCACAACCUGAACAGUUUUCUGGAGUUAUGUUACACCACACUGGAAGUGUGAGGACUUUAAGAGUAGUUUUUGCUCCCCAUCUCCCUCCAUCUUUUUGCUACUAUACAGUAAAAUUGGAAGGUGUGAAAGGAAUAAAUCCAUUGCAUAGUAUGGCAUCAUGCUUCAAAAAUUCAUAGAAUUUACUGUGCUACAUGAAGAAUUUUUAGUAACCUGAGGCUGCUCGCAGAUGAGAGAAAUGGAUCCUGAAAUACAUAAAAGGUGACAUGACAAUACAUUUUAAAGCGUCUUCUCCAUUGUGAAAAGCUGCUGUUUCUAUAUUUAGAUAUAUCAUCAGCUUUUCAUCUUGAGGUAAGUAUUCUGAAGGAGAGUAAAGCUGUGGCAGGUAAGACAGCAUAAUGCAGUGUGAUGUGGAGAUCGCUAUGUUAAGGAGACCUGACUUUUAAUUUUUUUUAAUAGCACACUACUCUAAAAACAGCAUAACUGCAAUAAUAUACCUUUUCUGCUCUCAGACCCCAAAGGGGCACAAAUUCAACCAGUUAAUGCUGCCUGCUUGUAUGUCUAGUUCUCAUGUUGGCAUUAAGCAUAGCCAUUUUUCUAUUUUUAGGGCCUCACAAAUAACCUUUGUCACAGAUCAGCUGACUUCUUUUAAUAAAAACACUUGUUCUUCAUGUUAGGACAAACAGGAAGAAAGACC